CCGGAGUUCAAGAUGGCGAUCAGCGAGCAGCUCAUAACAAAACUAAUCGAUCGCUAAUUUUGCGAAAUCCCAUUAUUAUAAUAAAAGAAAACGCUCUACGCGUUAUGUCGCCAUUUAUUACCAGCAUCUGAUCCUGUGUUCCAUGUUAAGACAGUAAAUAUCCGACAUUAGUUUGUGAAUAUCUAUCUCAUUUUUGUGGUGUUGUUAUUUUCUGCUUACGUCAAAUAGAAAUAGUUGCUGAUCUGCUUUAUGAACUGUCUGGGAUGUUCGGGGAGUUUUUAAUAGCUUGGAGGUCAACAUGUCUCUAAGAGAGUUGAAAGUGUGCCUUCUUGGGGAUACAGGAGUUGGAAAGUCAAGUAUCGUGUGGAGGUUUGUGGAGGACAGUUUUGAUCCCAAUAUUAAUCCCACAAUUGGAGCAUCAUUUAUGACAAAGACAGUGCAGUACCAAAAUGAGCUUCACAAAUUUCUCAUCUGGGACACAGCAGGACAAGAAAGGUUUCGUGCCCUGGCUCCCAUGUACUACAGGGGCUCUGCUGCAGCCAUCAUCGUGUAUGACAUCACUAAAGAGGAAUCAUUCCAAACUUUGAAGAACUGGGUGAAAGAACUUCGCCAGCACGGGCCACCCAAUAUAGUGGUGGCUAUCGCUGGCAACAAAUGCGAUCUCUUGGAUGCCAGGGAGGUGUCAGAGAAGGAUGCCAAGGACUAUGCUGAUUCCAUUCACGCCAUAUUUGUUGAAACCAGUGCCAAAAAUGCCAUUAACAUCAAUGAGGUCUUCAUUCAGAUCAGUCAAAGGAUCCCAGUUUUACACACAGAUGGCGGGUCUGCGGUCAAGGGCUUCAAAAUACGUCGCCAACCAUCAGAGUCGACCCGAGAACGUACUUGCUGCUGACGCAGUUGUAAACAAUCCGGCCAAACCCUCGUUGACCUCUCACUCUCUUUCCAUUAGUAACCAAGGAGAAUAGCAAAUGAAGAAUGUGAUGUCAUAGAGGAAGCUACGUAACUUCCCUAUGGAGCCAAAAAAGAAAUUCAGUUAAUGUUGUACCUCAACUUGCCUGCUCUUUGGCACUACACAGUCAUCCUUAGAAAUCAAUUUCUAGGGUCUAGAUCACUACCCAGAAUCAGACAGCAACAAAAACACCUGCUUAACAGAUCAGAUACUGUGAUGUGCUUUCUCUCUCUCUCUCUCUCUCUCUCUCUCUCUCUUUCUCUCAUUCCUCUGCAAAACUCUAUAAAAGGUUUCCUUCAAAGCCACUGUCUGUCAGCUUGUGCAUAUUAACAGUUCCAGCAGUCUGUCCAAAUGUAAGCAACAUAGCUUUCUUGUCUCUCUUAUUUUUGCAAAUUUUUGGUAUGUAUAAUAUAAAAAAUAAAAACACCUAGAAAAUGUUUGGGUCAUAAUUCACCCCAAAAUCAAAAGUAAGAUAAAUAAUAUAAUAUUUUGCUUAAAGAAAAUAAAGCCUAUUUUUAGAAACAUUAAAAUUUUGCAUUGUGACAUUAAGCGUUCUCUUUACUGCAAUGCAAAGAAAUCUUAUUUUAAUUCUCUAAUUCUAAUUUCCAUUGCUUUACUGCAAAAACGUAUAAAGUUUUUAUACAUUAUGAUAGUAUUUUUUAAUGUAGUACAGAUUUGUACUGAAAUAUGCUAUAAAAAAUAAUGUAUUACAGUAAUAAGAACCUAAUCUAAUAAGUGUCACCACUAAGAAUAAAUGGAAUUUAAUAAAACUCAAACGUAAAAUGACUGGAUGCAUUACAGUUAUGAGAUAUUUGUACCAUUAAGAUUUUUUUGAAUAAUAUCACAAUUAAAAAAUUCUUAAAGGGAUAGUUCACCCAAAAAUUAAAAUUCUCUCAUCAUUUACUCACCCUCAUGCCAUCCCAGAUGUGUAUGACUUUCUUUCUUCUGCAGAACACAAACAAAGAUUUUUAGGAAAACAUCUCCGCUCUGUAGGUCCAUACAAUGCAAGUGAAUGUUGGCCAGAACUUUGAAGUUCCAAAAAUCACAUAAAAGUAGAAUAGAAGUAAUCCAUUUAACUCCAGAGGUUAAAUCCAUAUCUUCAGAAGUGAUAUGAUAGGUGUGGGUGAGAAACAGAUCAAUAUUUUAGUCCUUUUUACUAUUUAUCUCUACUUUCACUUUCACAUUCUUCUUUUGUCUUUGGUGAUUCACAUUCUUUGUGCAUAUCGCCACCUACUGGGCAGGGAGGAGACCUUGUAGUAAAAAAGCACUUAAAUAUUGAUCUGCUUUUGAUAAAGUUGGCCAGCCUUCUAAAAUCCUGAUAAGAAUAGCAGUUUUUAAGUGUUAGAUAUGAUAAAUUUCCAACCAUUUAAAUGUUUUCCAGAUCUCAGAUAUCAGAUCUUUUAUGGUAGUGGGAAGGAGCCAGAUUCCAAAAUUCUGUAAACAAAUUCUGCCAGACUAGCAUGUUUUAGGGGUUUGUCCAAGACUUUCUACAAUGUUGUAUUAUAUCUAAAUGUUUCUGAGAUUGCAUUUUAACCAUUUGUGUUAGUUGGCAGUAGGUCUAGUCAGAUCCCUUGCUGUUUUUAUAUUACUUUUUUACUGGCUCAACUUAUUCUGUGAGGUCUUGCCAAAUGCUGUAAUUGUCUCAUAAACAUUUUUCAUCUUUCUUAUUCUUUUGCAGAAUACAUUUUGGCCUGCACAUCCAACAUGCUUUUACUAUCUGGACAGGGAUAAAAAAGGAGUGUAUCUGGAAACUAGAAACAAGACUUCUUAACCCUAAAUCCUGCCUUUAAAAACAAUUUGGCUUUCUACUGACCCCGAAGCUUUAUAGUUUUUUAACCUAAAUGUUUCCUUAAAGGGAUAGUUCACCUAAAAAUGAAAAUUCUGUCUUCAUUUGCUUACCCUGAUGUCAUUCCAAACCCGUAUGAAUUUCUUCUGUGGAACAUCAAAAGAGAUGUUCCAUAAAAUGUUAGUCAGAAGUCAGACGGGUUUGCAACAACACAAGGGUGAGUAUUUUCACUUUGGGUGAAUUAUCCCUUUAAGAACCAGGACAUUUUAAUAAUAGACUUUAAUUUAAAUGGAAAAAGGUCAUAAAAGGCAGAACUUCUAAAAGAUAUGCCCAUGCAAUGUCAAACAAUUUCUAAUUGACAGUCUCAAACAUUAAUUUAAGAGUCUACAAAGCAUAUAAUGUUAGUUACCAUAUAAUAGUUAUAAAAGAACUUUUUUCUACAUACAAUAUAGAAAACAUUUACUGAAGGUUUGUUCAGCCAAAAUUAAUAAUUGUUACAACUUGUCAUAUAGGUGACCUUUAGUGGUGCAGAAAUGACACGCUUCACCUUGUUUUUCGUUUUCUGUCCUUUAAACUAUGUUAAGACACUAUAUGCAGUCCUGCCAAUGCACCAUGAUGUUGUUCAGGAAUUCAGAAGUGCAAUAAUAAUAGUUUUUUUUCCAAAAUUGUGUGCCAUCAGUAAUCAUAGCAUGAGUUUACUUGCUCAAGAAAAAUGUAAAGGUUUACUGCAGUAGUUAUUUCAUGAAUUUCAUAUUUUCCUUUAGAAGACUUGUUGAAUGAAAGAAGGGAACUGGUGGUAAAAAACAAUUGCACUUUUGAAGAUUGCGUGUCAGUUUGCAUGUUCCAGUCGACAUAACUUGAAAUGUAUCACAAAAGUAUAGUCUUAAGCAGUCUCUGUUGAUGUUUAUACAGAAAACAAAUUGAAUUACCAUGCAGAUUGAUUUUUGUUCACUUACUGGAAUAUAUCACCUGUUAAGUAAAUGCUUUCAAUCAAACCAGAACCUAAACUUCACCUUUUUUAUUUUCUGUGUCAUGUAAAACCUUUUGGAAAAGUAAACUUAAUUUCAUUUUUGAUUAUACUUAUUGAAGGCCCUUUACAUGUAUAAAACCUGUGAUACACAGUAACUCUAAAUGUGUCAUUUAGUCCAAUUAAAGGUAUUGCUUGGGACACAGGCUUUGCUUUAAUACCUUUGAAUGGAACUACAUGCUACACUUGUGUAAGACAGUUUAAUACGCUGCACUCAAAGGAAUAAUUUUAAGAUUUACGAAUUUCAAUUUCAUAACAAAAUUCCAUCAAUAAAAUAAAAUAAAACAAAACAAAAAUGUCAUGAAGUUUUAUUAAUUCUAUUUUGUUAAUCAUUAUACAAUUCAAUGCAAUGAAAUUUUGUUAUGAACUUGAAAUGUGUAAAUUUUAAAAAUGGGCUGAAAUAUUUUUUUCAGUGUGUCUGGUCACUAGUAGUCUGGUUUGGAAUGGUGUUUAGGUCAGAGAACAAUGUCAACAGUCUUGGGCUGGCCCUAAGAAAGUUGUGAAAUUCUCACUAUGCACUUUUCCUUGUAGAUACCACAUAAUAGAAUGUGUAAGUUAAAUUAUAUGUUGUCUUUCAGGCAUUAUUAUAUUUAACCGCUUACCAUUGUAUUUCAGUAUAUACAAAACAGUAAUUUAACCUAAUCAAAUAAGUGUUUGUUUUUUUGUUAUUGAGCUUAACUCUUGUAUUUUUUUGUCAUGCAAAAAGGCUUGAAAAUAACCUUUUAUUUGUUCAUUUGUGAAUGUGCAAAGGGAAAUGUUGUGCUCUUUAUUAGUAAUAAAAUGAUACAAAAUCCAA